AUGUCGGACCGACAGGAUAAAACCAACGCAGAAACCAGAGAUGAGCAGAAUGUUUUCCUCUUCAUCUGGAUCCAGAACGACGUCGGAGGGAAGAGGAGUCUGAUCAACCGCUGGACGACCUUCCUUAAAGCCCGACUCGUCUGUUCUGUCCCCGGACCGUCCGGUGUGGACACGCACUUUGAUGAGCUGGAGGACAUUUUUGUUCUGGAAACCAAAGACCCUCAAAAUCCCACCAUCUAUGGCGUCUUCAGCACGUCCAGUUCUAUAUUUCGCGGUUCGGCCGUGUGUGUCUACUCCAUGGCGUCGAUCCGUGCGGCUUUCAACGGACCGAUUGCAGAGACCAGGAAGACGAGCAGAGAGAUGACAAAAAUAGGAAAAGCACAUUUUUGUGUUUUCGUUUUUAAACAGAUGAAGAAGAUGAGGAGGAGGAAAAACAAGGAGAGGAUGAGUCCGACUCCCGUCCUGAGCAUGGAGCUGUCGACCAAGAGGCAACAGCUGUACGUGUCCAGCGAGCUCAGCGUGGCCCAGCUGGGGCUCCAGAGGUGCGAGCUGUACGGGACGGACUGUGCUAAGUGUUGUCUGGCCAGGGACCCCUACUGCUCCUGGGAUGGCCAGACCUGCUCCAGAACAACUCGUUCAGAACAGUUACCACAUGUACGUCAAACUUUCCCUUCGUUUGGUGUUAGGCGGGCACGGAGACAGGAUGUGAAGUAUGGAGACCCCUGGAGUCAGUGCCCAGUCCCAGAGGACGACUCUGCCUCUGUGGAGGAGAAGUCUCUGUACGGCGUAGAAGGAAACUCCACCUUCCUGGAGUGCGUUCCUCGGGCGCCUCAGGCCGAGCUCAGGUGGACGGUGCAGCGGCACACGGGCAGCUCGCAGCAAACUGAGGACAGACUUCCUCUCAGCGAUGACGACCGCUCUCUCCACAUGAAGCGUGGUUUGCUGGUUCAACGCCCAGAGCUGGCUGACGCAGGCCUCUACGCCUGCACCAGCCAUGAGCACUCCUACAGCCAGGUCCUGGCCCGAUACCGCGUUCACAUCAUCCCCAACCACAGCCUGCACCCAGCUGCCCGACACCAGCAGAGCCACGGCCCCCACCACGGGAAGACUGACCCGCCGUCGUCUCUGCCGGGACUCAGGAACUCGUGGCUGCCGCAGCACCAAAGCUACAAGGACCUGCACACGGUGGGGACCAACAGUCUGAGCGUGGACGAGGACUGUGAGCAGCUGUGGUACCGAGAGAAGCGCCGGCAGCAGAAGCUCCGCACUCUGAAGCUGAAACAGGAGAGCAGGAAAGCUCGGGUGAGGAGGAACAACCCCCCUGAGCUUCCUCUCUAGUCGGCUGCAGGACAAAGACUCAGGACAACAGCUCCUGUGAACUCAGAGGACAACAACGCUUUGUUUUUGAGCAAAAUGCAUUAAAGACUGAGUGUAAUAUAAAAAAAGAGAGUAGUAUAUUCUUAACCUGAAUAUUAGACACCAUGGAAAUAGCAGUGUAGGAAACGUGACUUGUCUCUGAACUCAUGUUAUCAGCAGCGUUCACUGUGGUUUGGAACAAACAGCAGCUGGAACCUGUGAUUUUCUAAGUUCAGAGCAGCAGGACGUCGUCAGGCGUCUGAAUCAGAGACUGGAAAUAAAGUUUGGCAAAGCGUCUCCACUUUCUCCCUCGAUCCAGAAAUCAAGUCCAAACAUCUCACAUCACUUCCACCUCUCAUCUCACUUCCACCUCACGAUGAUGACGUCAUUUAGAGUUCGAGUCUGAUCGGGGGAUGGAGCCGUGGUAUCCAGGUCGAACCCGUACACUGGCUCGACCAAUCAGGAGUCAGUGUCAGCUGUCAAUCAUGACGUC